GCUCUUUCUCACUUACGGCUAUACAAUAAUAGUUUAAGUGGUCAAAUACCAUCUACCAUUGGGAAUAUUCUAUCAUUGAUUGUUCUACAACUCUCUUCCAACAAAUUAAUCGGUGAGCUUCCAUCCUCCAUCUGUAACUUGACAUCUCUUUGGUUACUUCUUCUCUCGGAUAACACUUUGGAAGGAACAAUUCCACAAUGCUUUGGAAACUUGAGCUCUCUGGUCUUCUUUCAUUUAAAUAAAAAUCAGUUUCGUGGUCUCAUUCCAGCAACAUUUAGCGAGGUGUGUAAUCUUUUGUCCAUCAAUUUGAAUGGUAAUAAAUUUCAAGGACCAUUACCUAAAUCCUUGAUCAACUGCGGAAGUCUACGAGGCCUCGAUGUUGGAAACAAUAGAAUACAAGACGAAUUUCCCUCUUGGAUGGAUGGCCUCCCUUGGCUUCAAGUGUUGGUCUUGAGGUCUAACAAGUUUUAUGGUAACAUGUCACUUCCUUCACAAACCAAUAUUCCAUUUCAUAAUUUGCAAGUUUUAGAUAUAUCUCAUAAUAGAUUUGUGGGUUCUUUGCCUCAAAGAUAUUUCAAGAAUUUCAGAGCAAUGAUAGAGGUAAAUGAAACAAACUUGUCAAAUGGCGACGCCCUUCAGUUUUAUGUGGAGAUGAGGCUUACCUUGAAAGGGCUGGAUCAAUUAUUAGAGAGAUUGUUGUCAGACUUUACAACAAUUGACUUAUCCUCCAAUAGGUUUUCUGGGAGCAUUCCAGAUUCCAUAGGAAAUCUUAAGAUUCUCAAAUACUUGAAUUUGUCCCACAAUAACCUCAUUGGAAAUAUACCUUCAUCUCUUGCAAAUAUGAGUGAACUUGAAUCUCUGGACUUGUCAGUGAACAAGUUGGAUGGAGAAAUUCCAAGUGAAUUGACAAGAUUGACAUUUCUUUCGACAUUAAACCUUUCAAUGAAUAAUCUUGUUGGAAAAAUACCACAAUCUACUCAAUUUUCCACAUUUGAGAAUAACUCAUAUGAGGGAAAUGUAGGAUUGUGUGGAUUUCCUUUGACAAGAAAAUGCAAUGUGGAGAAUGGGCAGCGGCUGCAGCCAGAAGAAGAAGAAGAGUAUGGAUUUAUAGAUGGAUUUGGAUGGAGAAGUGUAGUGAUGGGAUAUGGAAGUGGAUUCAUAGUUGGGAUUGGAAUUGGUUACAUCAUUAUUAGAAAUGGAAGGCCAAGAUGGUUAGUGGAAUUCUUUUUCGGCAUUGGAUAUAAUAAUAAUAAUAAUAAGAAGAAGAGACGCAGCAGAGCUACACCAACACCAACACGCAGGAGAACUUAAUUGAAGGAUUGUGCUCGAAUUGUGUUUUCUUUUUCUUAAUUAUCUCCUUUUUUAAUGGCUACUUUAGUGUGUUUGUGCUCGAUUUCAACUUUAGAGUUUAAGAAAUAUUGUUGUUUGUUCGUGUUGUUAUGUCUUGAAUCUCUCGCUUCGAACUACGGGGCUCUCGCUGAGAUCUAUAAAUACUAUAAAUACUUGAGAUC